AUGAGUCUUCCUCCUCCUUCUCGCAAUCAGGCGUGGUGCGACGUCUCCGCUCUAGAGGCGGGCCAUGUCGAAAUACCGCUUCCAUGGAUUCUCGACACAGCGUCUGCGGAGGACACCUCUGUUCUUCCAGCACUCUCCUUCCUCUUCACGCACUCUGUCACCGGUGCGACUCUCCUCUUUGACCUCGGCGUGCGCCGUGACUGGGAACGGCUUCCCCCAGCCAUUGUUCAUCGCAUUCGCACGAUGCCGUUCCACAUUAAUGUGCCUCAAGAUGUCGCGGAGUCGCUGCGAGCGGGUGGGGCGGAUCCUGCGCAGAUCCAAACGGUCUGCAUCUCCCACAUCCACCUAGAUCACUACGGCGACACCACGCCCUUCACCGGCGCCAAAUUUAUCGUCGGCGGCGCCUCGCGCUCUCUCUUCGAGCCUGGAUAUCCCGCAGACCCCAAUUCUGUGUCCGCAUCCGACCUCCUCCCGCCGGAUCGGACAGAGUUCCUCGAGAUCGACGACGCGUGGAAGCCGAUCGGUCCUUUUCCCCGCGCACUCGAUUUCUACGGCGAUGGGAGCUUGUAUCUCGUUGACGCGCCUGGACAUCUCCCGGGGCACCUCAACGCGCUGGUGCGCACGUCGCCUGACGGAGGUUGGGUUUACCUUGCCGGCGACAGCGCCCACGACUGGCGGCUGAUUCACGGAGAGGCGCAAAUUGCGCGCACAGACAGGUGGGGUUGUGCGCAUGUGGACGUGCAGCAGGCGAAGGUGCAUUUUGGACGGAUCAAGGAACUGCAGGAGAAUCGGCGGGAGAUGAAACUUGGUCCACUUUGUAAAGCGCAGGAAAUAAUGGACGGCGGCUACGCAGCCACGAAGCGGGAGAUCAAGCCCGCUUCCGCGUCGUUCAUUCAUGUAUGGUAUAAGAACAUAAUCUGUGUCAAUCUCGAACAAUCGCCCGCACUCAUCUCAGUCUACUCCGGACCACUUCCGUCUACUGGCAUGAAGGUUUACUCCGUCGCAGCCGUCUCCUUGCUCUCUGCACCAGCCGUCCUCUCUCAGACCUCCGUGUCCGUGUCUUACGACACAACCUACGACGACGCGUCCGAUCCCGUUGCCAGUUUAUCCUGCUGGAACGCGAGCGGCUUGCACUCCGGCGACCUCAUCACCAUCGGCCAACUCCCCAAUUUCCCGUUCCUCGGAGGAUCUGCCCUUGCGCAGGGAUUUGAUUCGCCUAAUUGUUGGACGUGCUGGAACCUGACCUAUGAGGGUGGGACGGUCACGGUCCUCGUAGUCAACUAUGCUUCUGGAGGAUUCAACAUUUCGGAGGAGGGCAUGGAUACGUUGACGGAUGGAGAGGCUGUGGCUGCUGGGACGGUGACUGCUACUGCUUUACAAUCGUUCGAUGAUAAUUAUUCUGACGCUCCCUCUCAGCCGCGGAAGACUUUGCUAGGGGGCUUCGUUAUGCUCGGUGCGUUUUUUGAAGAGUUAUAUGUGUUCUCUGCCAUCGUUGCCGCUCUCUCCAUCGUCUUUACUCCCGCUGUCCUCGCGCAGACGGUGUCCGUCUCGUACGAUACGACCUAUGACAACGCUUCGGAGUUGCUCAGCUACGUCGCAUGCUCGGACGGCGCGAAUGGGCUCGAGACCAAGGGCUACACCACUUUCGGCUCCCUUCCUGACUUCCCAUACAUCGGAGGCGCGUACACCAUCACUGGGUGGAACUCGGCCGCGUGCGGGACGUGCUACGAGCUGACGUACAGCACGACGACCAUCACCGUCCUCGCGAUCGAUGUCGCCACCGAGGGCUUCAACCUCUCGGAGGAGGCAAUGAACGCGUUGACGAAUAACCAGGCUGUGUUCUUGGGCCGGGUGAACGCGACCGCGGUGCAGGUGGAUGCGUCUCAAUGCGGGCUGUAA